AUGGCUCCAAACACUUCCAGAAAGCAAAAAAUUGUCAAGACCUUAACCGUUGACGUUUCAUCUCCAACCGAGAACGGGGUCUUUGAUCCAGCUUCAUACUCCAAGUACUUAAUUGACCAUAUUAAAGUUGAUGGGGCUGUAGGAAACUUAGGAAACACUAUUGAAGUUACUGAAGACGGUUCUGUUGUCACAGUUGUGGCCACUACCAAAUUUUCUGGUAAGUACUUAAAAUAUCUAACCAAGAAGUAUUUGAAGAAGAACCAGCUAAGAGAUUGGAUAAGAUUCAUCUCUAUAAGGCAAAACCAAUACAAGUUGGUAUUCUACCAGGUCACUCCUGAAGAUGCUGACGAAGAAGAAGAAAACGAAGAAUAA